UAACAGCGUGGUAGGCGCCGCAACUCGACCAAACCACACGGGGAAACCCAAAUUCCAUCCCGACUUCUCUACCUCUCCGGCCUCCACCCAGGAGAGCCCUAAGCCGGAAGCGCCUUACCCUUAAGCUCUCUUGACCUCUCCCCAUGGCGUCCGCGUGGUGCCUCUUGGCGCCGGCCGCCGCGCCGGUGGCGGCGCCGGGCGCUCUCGGCGUCUCCGCCUCCGAAUCCAGAGGCGUCUUCGCCGCGCGGGCGGCGGUCCCUGCGAGGACGCGGCGCAGGUGGGACUCGCUCGUGGUGUGCGUAGCCCCCGACGAGGAGAAGAUUACGCGGCGCUCGCCCCUCGAUUUCCCCAUCGAAUGGGAGAAACCUAAGCCUGGGAGGAGACCUGACAUCUUCCCAAAGUUCAGCCCUAUGAAAACACCAUUGCCCCAUCCAUUACCAGCUGAUGAUCCAUUGGAUGAUGAUGAGGAAGAAGAAGAGGAAGAGGCACAACCUCAAGAAGAACCGCAGGAGGAUGAUCCUGACAAGGAGGAUCCUGAGGAAGAUGACCCAGACAAGCCAACUGAGUAAUUUUGGAUGAGGUGGCCUGUGGUAGAUAGAAGCCGUGUCGUAUCUUCCAGAGAAUAUGUGGGGUUUGAGCUAUUCAGAAAUGUUAGUUGUGUCGGCUUAUAUAGGCUCUAGACAUAAGUUCGCUCAGCAAGGACCUUUGAGCUUUUCUAAAGCUAUACAAAUUUUGUUCCACUAGUUUCAAUAUGAAUUUAUAUGUAUUCUUCUGAAAGGUAUUGGCCUAUACGACACAAUAAGCUGUUGCAUGUUCA